AUUUUAAUUCUGUUGGCGAAUUCAAUACCUAUUUUUUAUUCGGCUGGUAGUAUUUGUCGUAGAGGAAGUAGCUACCGCCGCCAAUCCGGUUUUCCUUUUGCCGCCACCACCAGCACCUCCUCCUCCACUCCAGGGUUUGUUUCUGAGCUACUGAUACCGUAGCAAUGGAUAGUGGUACCAAAGAGCAGUCCCAUAAGUCUCACCGGUCCCGUCAAUCCGGUCCUUCCGCCAAGAAGAAGGCCAAACCCGGUAGCAAGAAGGGCGGCAUCUCUGACCACCAGAAAAAGCACAACCCUAAGGCUUUUGCAUUUAGUUCUACGGAGAAAGCCAAGCGACUGCAGUCGCGUGCUACUGAGAAAGAGCAGCGUAGGCUUCAUGUCCCAACUAUUGACCGUAACAUUGGAGAACCAGCCCCGUAUGUUGUUCUUGUCCAGGGCCCUCCCAAGGUGGGGAAGUCACUUCUCAUAAAGUCACUUGUUAAGCAUUACACCAAGCAUAACCUUCCCGAAGUCAGAGGCCCCAUUACAAUUGUAUCAGGUAAGCAAAGGCGGCUACAAUUUAUGGAGUGCCCAAAUGAUAUUAAUGGCAUGAUUGAUGCUGUAAAGUUUGCUGAUUUAGCGUUGCUUCUCAUUGACGGAAGCUACGGCUUUGAAAUGGAAACCUUUGAGUUUCUUAAUGUCUUGCAAGUGCAUGGAUUCCCUAAGGUUAUGGGAGUUCUUACACAUAUUGAUAAAUUCAAGGAUGUAAAGAAACUUAAAAAAACAAAGCAACGGCUCAAGCAUCGAUUCUGGACUGAAAUAUAUGAUGGGGCUAAACUAUUUUAUUUAUCUGGUCUAAUCCAUGGAAGGUAUCACAAACGCGAGAUUCAUAAUCUUGCAAGGUUCAUUUCUGUUAUGAAGUUUCACCCUUUGUCUUGGCGAACUUCUCAUCCUUAUGUCUUGGUAGACCGUUUUGAGGAUGUGACACCUCCAGAAAGAGUGGAGAUGAAUAAUAAGUGUGACAGAAAUGUCAUCUUGUAUGGUUAUCUGCGAGGCUGUAAUUUGAAGCAAGGAACAAAGGCAUGCAUUCCUAAAUCUUUUCUUAUGUUAUUGUUUUCUAAGGUUUAA